AUGGUCAAGGUCACCGUCUCCCUCGCUGCUGCCGUCGCGGCCGUCGCCGUCCACUCGGUCUCCGCCGAGGUGAGCCAGGUCCACCUGGGCAUCUCGAGCCCCGCGGCCAACUGCGCCAACGGCAUCGCCGUGUCCUUCGCCACUGACGACGCCAAGUCGUACCCGGUCUCCGCUUCGGCCGACGGCGCCUCCACCGUCAAGGCGGACAGCGCCUUCAUCAACUACUCGGUGUCCGAGCCCGAGUACAACUACACGUACGCGUCCCCUUACCUGCACACGGCGCUGCUGUGCGACCUGGCCGAGAUCACCAAGUACACGUACACUAUCGGCGACUCGGAGUUCACGGGCUCGUUCGUGUCGCUGCUGCGCCCUGGCUCAGACAAGGAGGAGACCAUCAUUGGCGUCAUCGGAGACCCUGGCGACACGACCUCGUCCGAGACGACGCUGGCCGAGCAGGCCAAGACGUUCGAGGGCAAGCACAUCCAGGCCCUUGUGGUGGCCGGCGACUACGCGUACGCCAACGGCCAGCACCUGCAAUGGGACAACUGGUUCAGGGAGCAGCAGAACUUGACGUCCGUCUACCCGCUCACGGGCAUCAACGGCAACCACGAGACCAUCACGUCGUCGGGCCACCUGAACCUGCCUCCGUACCCGGAGGACAUGGAGCUGGAGGCCGAGAACUACCUGGCCUACAUCAACCGCAUCUACUCGCCCAUCUCGGAGGAGGCCAAGACGGCCCUGCGCACCUGGUACUCGAUGGACAUCGGCCUGAUCCACUGCGUCUUCCUGGACGACUACACGGGCUCCAACGGCACCGACACGACCGUCGUGGGCACGGACAAGUGGCUGGCCGACCGCAACGCGCAGCUCGAGUGGGUCAAGAAGGACCUGGCCGAAGUGGACCGCAGUGUCACCCCCUGGGUCGUCGUGGUCAAGCACAACCCGUUCUACAACACGUGGAGCAACCACCAGUGCCAGUGCUCGUCCACGAUCUUCGAGAUCGACGCGGCCGACGUCGAGAACUGCUGGAACGGCACCUACUACUCGGGCACCGUGUACUCGGAGCCCGGCUGCGGCAUGAUGGCCAAGCUGGAGGACGUCUUCUCAUCGAACAAGGUGGACGUCGUGCUCACGGGCCACGUGCACGCGUACGAGCGCACGGCCAAGAUCUACAAGAACAAGGAGGACGCCACCAACGGCGUCUACUACAUCACCACCGGUUCGGGCGGCAACUACGAGGGCCACGCCGGCCCGCGCCUCGACGAGUCCGAGAUCCCGAGCUGGUCGCUCGCGGCCAACAACGUCACGUUCGGCGGCUCCCGCGUGAUCGCCACGCGCGAGUCCUUCCGCUUCCUCUGGUUCGCCAACGAUAUCAGCACGGCCGAGGCCGUGCCCACCGACGGCUUCACCAUCUUCGCCAACGGGUCGGCCAUCACCACGUGGCCCCAGACCAGCAACUCGACCACCAACUCCACGAGCUCGACGGCGUCGCAGACCACGGAGCCUGAAGUGACGUUGGAGGCGGAGGUGCCGGGCGGCCACUGCUAA